GUCUGUGUCUUCACAUGUGGUCAGUGAUCUUCUCUCAAUCCUUUAAGCUGCUCAGAUGUUCACACACAGUUAGUAUGUAGACACACAGCAGACUGAGACACUGCUGGCUGGCUGUGUUGUGUAGAUUUGUGUGUUUAAUUAAUUGUGUCCUCUCCUGUCAGUUGAUGAAGGACACAUCAGGGUCACUGAUAACAGUUCCUCUUCUCUCUCUCUGUUCUCUCAUUCAUUCAUUCAACUCUUCUUCAUUAUGGAAACUGAACUGUCACGCUCACAUCACACACAAUAGUAGACAAUUGUGUGUGUGUCAGGUUGCACGUGCAUCUGCUCCUGUGAACACUAAUCAGAUUCCCUGUCAUUAAAGUCUUGAGUGUAAUAAUCUGGAUCCUCACAAACGUGACAAACCUGAGAUCUGCACAGAUAAACCAGAGGACGACAGAGUCAAAGGAUCUGAUGUAGAUUCAGAGGAAAACUGGAAGAUUAGAGGAACAUUACUGGACAGGAACACAAGGAUCCACCUGUCUUUCUCUCGGAAUGCAGGUAGACAGAUUUUAAGCUGUGAGUCACUCAAUCUUUCUGCUCUGUAUCUGUAAAAUCAGGUUUCACACUGACACACAUCCGAUCUUAUGAUGGAGUCUGGACUGAAGAAAUCUCUGCUGGCUCCCAUUAAAACUCUCACAUACUGUGUAACCGGAGAAAAGACACAACCCAACUGGACCAAGCAGAAGUCCAAACCAGGGUCAAAGGUCAGGAGCGCCACACAUCGUCUAGCUGGAACAAAGGACGCACAUCUGCUGAGAUCUUAUCAGGCCGAACUGGAGAGAGAGAGAAAGCUGCGGGACGCAGUCAAUGCUCAGAAGAAUGCAGAGCGAGCUGCGAUGAGGACACACUUCAGGAGAAAAUAUCAUCUGAGCGAGAAUGUCAAGGACAGCGAGCACUUGAGAUCUGUCAGAGGUAAAGCGUCUCUCCCACGAGAUCUGGCCAAGAUGAUUUAUCCUGAAACUCCUGCUAAAGACGGCGACUUUGGUCUGCUCAGCACAUUUCAAAGUCUCGGUUUCAGCCGGGGGAUUUUCACCGGCAACAAACAAACCCAAACACCUGUGACAGUAAACACAGAGUCGUGUAAACUCAUGUGAACUCAUGAGGAGGGACUAAAUGACUCCAUCACUCUUUCUUAUUGUUUUAGAAAUGCACAAAUGUUACACAAUGACACUUAAAUAUGCAAUGUUUUACACCAACACUUAUUAUAAUUAACACUGAUAUCAGGAACCUUUCUUCACAGAUCAUCUUAUGUGUCUGUCUGUCUGUCUCAGUCUCUCACUUAAAGUUUAAUGACCAUUAUUGGUGUGACUGUUUAGUAUCACAUCAUUGCCAAAGCCUGUCUCUCUCUCUCUGACUCUUUAUAUGUCUGUCUGUCUCUCUCUCUCCCUGACUCUUUAUAUGUCUGUUUGUGUCUCUCAAUCUCUGUAUGUCUGUCUCUCUCACUCUUUAUAUGUCUGUCUGUCUUGCUCACUCUAUAUACCUGUCUAAGGCCCUGUUUACACCUGGUAUUAAGAUGCGAUUAGAUUUUUUGUCAAUCGGAUCACAAGUAGACGAGAGAUACACAUGUCCAUUCACACCUGGUGUUUUAAUCCAUUUCUUUUGUCCACUUUAAAUCGCUUCUGUCCUGAUUAUUUUGAAGGGAUGGUCUGUGGGCGAAUCAUUAAAACACGAGCGGGAGAAAUGACGGGUUUAUAUUGACGUGUCAGAGUCCAAGUUGUAUAUUUAUUUAUAAAUCUAGUUAUAGUAAAUAUUUAUAUAAGUAGAUAUUUCAGAACAAUUGAUGAAAUAAGCUUGUGCUUAUAAAAAAAAUCAAAGAGCACAUUUGAGAACAUCAGCGUCUACACCACAAAAGCAAUCCAGCAUUUUUGACUACCUCUGAAUGUGGAUGAAAGCAGACAAGCUCAAAACAUUUCCAACCCCAUUUACACCUGUGUCGUCCAAUCCCAUCUUAAUCCCAGGUGUAUAUAUGCAACGUGAUCUCACAAAGUUCAGUGGGAUAGUCACAGAAUUUUUGGCUAAUUUUUCUGUGGCAUUCUCACGGAUUGGUUACUCAACUGCUUUUUACUAUUUUUAAACCAUUUUCGCUUCGGUUUAGGGUUAGAUUUGGUGUUUUCUUUAUUAUGUCACUUAAACUAUUGGUUUAUACUGUUUUUUUCUGAUUUAUUCUUUUAUAUUUUCUAAACUUUAAACAAUUGUCGCCUGGCAUUGGGGUUAGAGUUGGGUUUGGGCAAGGAUGUCAUUUUAUGUAAAUCUAACCCUAAACCGAAGUGACAAUGGUAAGAAAAUAGGACAAAACAGUUGAGGAACCAAUCCGUGAGAAUGCCACGGAAAAAUUUGCAAAAAAUUCUGUGACUAUCCCACGGAAAUUCGUGAGAUCAGGCUAUAUAUGGCCUGACUAUCCGUCUGUCGCUCUUAGUAUGUCUCUGUCUGUCUGUCUGUCUGUCUGUCUGUCUGUCUGUCUGUCUCUCACUCCAUUUAUCUCCCUUGCUCUCUUUUCAAAUGUAAUGAGAGAUUUUGUAGAUGUGAUAUUAAAGUCAGCCAGUGAACA